AUGCCAACAAAGAUCAGUCUCGGCGCGCCCUGGCAAGAACGAAGUACCGCAAAGAAGAACUCGGUUUUCGAUGGAGUGCCUUUUCAAUUCAUACAUUCCGUACUUGAAUUUCGAGACGACGAUGCUUCAUCCGUGCUGGACGUCCCCUCCAGAUUCCUGUCCCUGGAAGAACUCUCGAUCACGGCACUUAAUGCUGUAGGUAUAGUCAGAGUAAUUGCAAGCAAGAAAUACACAUGUGUUCAAGUCUUGGACGCCUUCACCCAUCGAGCGGCGAUCGCCCACAGACUUCUCAACUGCUGCCUCGAAUUUAGGUAUGAUGCUGCCCAUGCAGAAGCUGAGAGGCUCGACCGUCACUACGAGGAAACGGGAAAGCUGGUAGGUCCUCUACACGGCUUACCUAUCUCCGUCAAGGAUCAAUGUCGGAUCAUUGGCACCGAAACGACUUGUGGUUUUGUUGCCAAUGUUGGAGUGGUGGACACCGAGAACUCUGUGUUGGUUGACAUCCUGAUGCGUGCUGGAGCGGUCAUUUUUGUCAAGACCAAUUUGAGUAUUGGAUGUUCCUGGGGUGAAACGAUCAACAAUGUGAUUGGGCAUACUUCGAACCCGUUCAAUCGAUCCUUCUCCUGUGGUGGCUCAAGUGGCGGAGUAGGUGCAUUACUGGGCAUUCAUGGCAGUCCCAUGGGUGUUGGAUCCGACCUUGGAGGGUCGAUACGAAGUCCUUCUGCCUACCAAGGCCUCUGGGGUCUACGUCCAUCAACGGGCCGCAUCCCGUACUAUAAGAUGCUCAACAGCAUGGAGGGCAACGAAAUUGUCGAAUCCGUCGUAGGUCCCAUGUCUCACUCACCUGAGUCUCUCGAACUAUUCGUCCGGACCGUCGUCGACUCGCAGCCCUGGCUGCAUGAUCCCAAAUGCCACCCGUUGCCAUGGCGAGAGCAUGAAUUCCAGAAGAUCACCGCCGGUGGCAGGAAACUUCGCAUCGGAGUCAUGUCCUGGGAUGGCUGUGUUUUACCACAGCCACCGGUGGUGAGCAAGCUAGAAGCGGCCGGCCACGAAGUUGUCCCUUGGAAAGUCGACCAGACAAAGGCUUUGGCACUCUUGACAAGAGCAUUGACAUGUGAUGGUCGUGGCGAUCAUGACAGAACCAUCGCCAGAUCCGGAGAGCCUGACCUGAACCUGUUCUUUCGCUCGUCCCAAUCACCCGACACGUUACUCGAGAAUUGGGCGCUCGCAAUGGAAAGGAACGACUUCAGAGCUUCGGUGCUCGAACAGUGGAACGCCACCGCAGAUGAGAAUGGUGUCCCCAUCGACGUGUAUCUGACGCCAGUGAACCCUUCCGUAUGUCCCAAGCACGGCGACUACAAACGAGUCAGAUACCUUGGGUACACGGGAACGGUAAAUUGUCUGGAUUUCACUGCUUGCACCGUCCCAGUCACUUUCGUCGAUGAAGAGACGGACCUCGCAGAUGCAGAAGAUGGCAAGCACGAUGCUCGAGGGGACGAGAUACCCGAACCACAGUCUGACCUGGACAGGGCGAUCAGAGAGAAUUAUCGGCCGGAGAUCUAUGGCGGACUGCCGGUGACACUCCAGAGAAAGUCCUAGGUGUUGCGCAGGUCGUUCGGAAACUGUUGUGAUUGCGUUGACGAAGCUGAAUCUACCCAAGUGACGCCGAUGCUGCGAAAGGCGCUUUCAU